GCUAAAGACAGUGAUGAUGAUGAGGAGGUGGUCCAGGUCGACAGGGACCACUUCAUGGACGAGUUCUUUGAACAGGUGGAGGAGAUCAGAGGAUGUAUAGAGAAGCUGUCAGAGGACGUGGAGCAGGUCAAGAAACAGCACAGCGCCAUCCUGGCUGCCCCCAACCCUGACGAGAAAACCAAACAGGAGCUGGAGGAUCUCACAGCUGACAUCAAGAAGACGGCCAAUAAAGUUCGCUCAAAAUUAAAAGCAAUCGAGCAGAGCAUCGAGCAGGAAGAGGGUCUCAACAGAUCAUCAGCGGACCUCCGGAUCCGAAAGACACAGCACUCGACGCUGUCACGCAAGUUUGUGGAGGUGAUGACCGAGUACAACACCACGCAGUCCAAGUACCGCGACCGCUGCAAGGACCGCAUCCAGAGACAGCUGGAGAUCACUGGAAGAACCACCACCAACGAGGAGCUGGAGGACAUGUUGGAGAGCGGCAAACUGGCCGUUUUCACUGAUGAUAUCAAAAUGGACUCUCAGAUGACCAAGCAGGCCCUGAACGAGAUCGAGACCCGACACACUGAGAUCAUCAAGCUGGAAAACAGCAUCCGUGAACUCCAUGACAUGUUCGUGGACAUGGCCAUGCUGGUGGAGAGCCAGGGAGAGAUGAUUGACAGAAUUGAGUACAACGUGGAGCACUCUGUGGAUUACGUGGAGCGAGCCGUCUCCGACACCAAGAAGGCCGUAAAAUACCAGAGCCAGGCUCGUAAGAAGAAGAUCAUGAUCAUCAUCUGCUGCGUCAUCCUCGGCGUGGUCCUGGCGUCGACCAUCGGCGGCACGCUGGGCCUCUAGGACGACCCACGCAGACCAACCGACAGCCAGCAGAGAGAAGAAAACAGCAACGACAACACAAAAACUUGAAACACAAAUGCAAGACAGAUAACCAAUCAACUAGGAAGAGAUCAGAUUUAAUCACAGAUAAGAGGAAACACCACGGGUUUGGGCGGGGUACAAAAAAACAAAGAAAACACGACAUCACAUAUAGCUGACUUAUCCAAACAACGUAAACAAAGAGAGGGUACAAAUAUUUAUUACAGAUGUAAAUGUAUUAAAAUAUGAAGCAACAGAUGGGUUAGCUACUUGUAAAAAGAACAGCCUAGGACAUUUACUUGUUUGUUUCUUCAGCUUUUUCUUAUUUUGUAUUGUUUGUUUGUUUGUUUAUUGUGAGUCUCCGAGGACAGUGACGGCUGCUGGGUGGGAGUUCUUACGGUCACUUCUGGAAACAAACACUCAACUAAAAAAAAAAACUUCCAGAGAGGUCAGAGUCAGGGCCGGUUCUGAGGCAGUCUGGAACGUCUCGCCGUUGGUUUAGAUCGCCACUCUGCUCGCUCCUCAUUGGUUGCUUGCUCCUGUCACUCACCUCGGUCAACCUGCUGAGCUCAGAGCCUAAAUCCUGUCCCGCUGACGAGGCGGCGCCGGCCUCUUUUACUGUUGGACCCGUCCAAACAAAGAUCAGGGGGCGGGAGGACCUCUGGUCUUCACUAGUCUGAUUGGCCAGCUGACGUUUGACUAACAGGUAAAUGUUGGGGAGGAAGUGGGGUAGGAGGCUUUAACGGAGGGUGGGAAGAGACGGACAGUUAAUCUAUGCAGUUAAAAGAAAGUCCCGUCCUCCUCUCUGUUGGGAGUCAAGGCCGGGCUCCGUUGGCCUGUUUCCAAUCCUUGUAAUGGUUGGCACAGCCAGGUUUCUUGACACUACCCAUACCAAGACAACCAAUGAGAACGGGGGAUUCAUGCUGACGCACCAAGAGCCUCAACAGAACGAACGAGAAGACCUGAAAAACAGAAACGAAYGAAGGAGUUCUCCGAGCGUGGCGGCGAUCCCGUUUGUUUUUUUUUUUAACGGGGAGCGUUUGAUGCUUUGUGUCGUGCUGCUGUUGUGAUGCAUGUGUGACGUGUCCUGUGAAGCCUGGCAUGGUGUUGGUGUUUAGCUGGUGUGAUGCGGUGUGUCCUCGCCGUAUCUCACCUGUGUGUGUUUGUGUUGGAGGUCUGUGACGCUUCGGCGAAGGUUUCUUUCCAUUUCAGGAACCUUAACGACUGAAUCGCACUGCUGAGUGUUAAGAUCUAUUUAACAAGCUGGUGUUGUGCCAAAAUUUAGUGUCAUCCAAAAAUAAACUUACUUUUUGUUCCAUUUUUUAAACAAAUGAACUAUCAGCUGGAUAUUUAGUUCAUUUUACGUUCUGAAAGUAAAGCUGAGUUUUUAAUGGCAGACAUGUUUAAACGCAGUAGAAACUGAGUGGAACAUUGAUUUAGAAGCUAGCAUGUAGCAUCUCUGCAGAACCCAAAUUAUCUGACUAAACCCAGCUGGAACACACAUUCCUCCACAACGUGAACACACAAGUUUGUGAACACGCUAAAAUCUCCCCUUCGUCACAACCGUCCCCGUCUUAGCGCCAGUGUCAUCGUCAGACCGCGCUGCUUUGCAUGAAUUAGCGUUUGUAGCAUUAGCUUGUGUUUGUGUAGAAGCUUGUUGAAUUUUUAGCUCCUGGUUUUGGUCUUUUGUUUAUUAAAGUGGAAGCAGUGAGUCCGGUCCAGCGCUGGAGAAAACCUGGCUGAAAGUUUGUUGCUGCGUAAUCAGGAAUUUUUUCUAAUGAAAAGGGAUUUGAGUUACACAAAUUUACAAAUAUUUCAAAUUAAAUAAGUCACUUUAAAAAUAGUUUUAUUAAACUGUGUUAGCAUUAGCACUCUAAGCCUGCACAAUGCACUCGCUACAGAGAAGAUGCUAAUUUGGAAGCUAAUUAAAGCUAACAUGAAGGUGUGUUCAGGUCAGCGCUGCUGAUUGGGGACAAAACACACACCUGUUACAUUUUAAGACUUUCUUUGUUGUAGUUGCAUGUUUUAUUCUGAUGAUGGUGACGUGAUAUUUGUUGAAACGUAACAAAAUAUGUGCGUUGUCCCAAAUUAAUUAAAACGCUGAGUGGAAAAGUUACGAAGCAUUAAGAUGUUUUUAGGAUGCACACAGAGGAGAAGCUACGAUCGAUUAAACAACACAAGUGCAGAUAGUUUUAAAGUGACGCAGCUAACAGUAUUACAGUAUAAUUAUGGACGCUGUCAUCCAGGAACUGUAUGGACCAAACUAUGGUCUUGGUGGAACCCCUCUGGUUUGGACUGAAUAAGAACAAAAUGAAACGGAUCCUUGGUCCAGACAUGAAGUGGCCCGUAUUAAACUGCAUUUAAACUAAUAGUUUUAUUCUAAAAGUUGUUCCAUUUGGUCCAUAAAGACAGCUGGUGUCCAUCUGUCCACUUUAAACUCUGAAUGUUUUGUGACYGUUCGUGGUUAGCUGUCAGAGCGGGCUGAGGUUUUAGGGAGGAAGGUGCUCAGGCUCUGUGAUACGGAGGUCACUGAACUUCUGUUGAGGCCGACGCUGAAAGAAAUACCACCGUGAACUCACUCAGCACUUCAAGCAAUACGUUAGCUUUUAGACUUAGGGACGUAGUCAUUGUUUAGUGUAAUAUCUGUAUUUUCUCUGGAGAUGUAGUAGUUAGCAUUGUUAGCUUUUGAUGUCUGUGAUGCUCAAAACUGUUGUAGCUUCAGGACGAAGGGAGGUUUUAUUUAGUUAUUGUUAUUCUUUGGUUUUCCUAAACCAAAAUGGCUGAUUCACCAAAGUUUCACCCUUGUGACACGUCCCAACAGCGAACUAAUGUCUCUGAACAAACUGCCGGUUGUUUGCAGAAGUGAUUCCCACAUUUUUAAAAAUCCCAGUAGAUUUUAGUGAUUAUAAACCCGUUUGUCAGCUUGAUGCUUCGCUCACCAGAGUCAACUGCAGAAUAUUUCAUUCAGCUCUGCGUUCUCGGCGGCCGAUGCCGGUCCUGGUGGUCGUCUGUGGUUUAUGGGGUGGUGAUGGUGGCGGACAGAGACUAGAGGUGUGAGGAUGUUGUUGCAGCUAGCUUCAAGUGGCUCUGCCGUGUGUUUCCUGUAAAUUUUCUGUUUUUACAUCAAUAACUGAAGAGGGCUUGUUUGGUCGAGGGUUUGGACCUGGAGCGUCUGAACCCUUGAGUGAUCGACCCUGAGCGUUUGGACUUUGAGAGAUCAGACCCUGAGAGUUCGGACCCUGAGAGGCUGGACCCUGAGAGUUCGGACCCUGAAAGUUUGGACCUUGAGAGUUUGGACCCUGAGAGUUCAGACCCUGAAAGUUCGGACCUUGAGAGUUUCGACCCUGAGAGUUCAGACCUUGAGAGUUUGGACCCUGAGAGUUCAGACCCUGAAAGUUCGGACCUUGAGAGUUUCGACCCUGAGAGUUCAGACCUUGAGAGUUUGGACCCUGAGAGUUCRGACCCUGAAAGUUCGGACCUUGAGAGUUUCGACCCUGAGAGUUUGGACCCUGAGAGUACGGACCCUGAGAGGUCGGACACAGAGUUCAGACCCCUCCAGUCUUGUGUUGUAGUUGUUUGUACAAAGAGCCGCUGGCCUGGAGUCGGACCCUCCGGUCCUGCUGUAAUAGAUCAGAUCAUUUAAAGGCAUGCAAAAACGUUGUGGAGUUUGCAUGACGGUGUUAGUUUUUGUAGCCCACCCUGCCCUCCUUAUCGUGCACUUUACCAUCGGACCUGACGAGUUAGCACAUUAGCUACUGUUAUUAUUUAUUUAGCUGUCGAACAGUUCUGUUGAAAAGUAAACACUGUUUCUGCUCCCUCCGAGUGACUCGAUAGUUUCCACAUCUCCUCCAUCGGCUGCCUGUUAGUCUGCGAGUCUGUGGAGGAGUCCUCUCCACGCCGUCUGAAUGUGAUGCUGUGGGAUAACUUCCUGUUGAACCUCCGCCUGGCCUUGUGUGUGCAGCAUGCUUCCCCUCCUCUCUGGUGAAGAUUGGUGUGUGUGUGUGUAUGUGUGUGUGUGUGUGUUAGCAGCACAAGCGUGUUUCGACGUGCAAAGCACCUGGUUGCAGUUCGUCGGGUUGCAACAGUUUCAGAAACAUUAAAUGAAUCAAAAGCUCAUCAUUUAGGGACUCCAUGAUCACAGUUUUAUGAUUUAAUUCAAACCAAAGCCUUUCUUUCCUCCCCUCGUGUUCUUGAAACGUUCGCCGCUAAAACUCCAAGAGCACAACGUGAGUCAAGUUUACACUCAGAAAUUAAAAAAAACUAGAGUAUAAAAGUAAAACCCCGCCCCCCAUUAACCACCAGCCCUCACUGCAUGUUGGUCAGUCCAUCAGUCAAUCAAUCAAUCGAUCUAUUGAUCCUGCUACAAAGCAAAGCCUGCCUCCACCCUGCUUUCCUUGUCACCUGUAGAUGUUUGUGUCUGAUUGGUGGAAAAAUCUGUGGUUUCUCCUCCGUUUGAAGCUCAUUCUGGAACUACGGUGGUGCUUUCUUCUUCACUUUACUUUCUGCUCUUAUUCUUCUUGUUUUGUGUCUUUUUUUUUUUCUUGUACAGCUCGUUUCUCAGUCAUGAUCACACUCCAGGAUCGAUGCUCCUCUGCAGGUUUUAAGCUUUUAUUUUGAAUUAAUCAGGAGGAAAUCCAUCAAAUCACUUCCUGUUUUAACCUGCAGGUUCACAGAAAGAGGUCUGGAAACAGGUUUUUAUUUUUAAUCCGAGCGUUCAGCAGGACUUUCUUUUUACGUAAUUAUUUAUCAUGAAAGCAGCAGUUUGAGUCUGAAUAUUUAACCCUUCAAACCUCAGCUUUAGAUCAAACAGAGGGCUAUCAAUUUUAGGACCACCACCACCAUGAAGACCCUCACCUGACGUGAACCAUGAGUUAAAUAUUUCAGAUGAGAUGGAGGCAGAAGUUCAAGUUAAACAUUAUUUCUUGUUGCAGAUUAAACCAUCCUAAAAUCAGCAGAGAGCGUCUUCCUGUGUGUGAUGAAGGACUGCAGCCUGUCAAUCAAUAUUUAAAGAAGAAUAUAUAAAUAUWUAACUGUAAAUCUUACACAACAUACUGCGUUUGUAAACCUGUACAUGUUCGUGGCUGCGGGCCCUGACUGCUUCUGUUGGCUGUGUACAGUUCCUGUCAGGGCGGGACACCCGCAGCGGGAAAAACUAAUCACUCAGAGACGACUUCGGUGCGACGCGGAGACUCCAAAGAUUGAUUUCCUGUUAGCAAAAUAACCCACAGGUGUUGUUGUUUCGUCCCACGUAGACACGACGUGUGCUGCGUCCAAGUCAGUCGUAUUUUUGCCCUCCCUCCUCCGCCGUCGGACCGUGCUCCUCCCUGAUUUGACUUUUUUUCUUCCUGAUUUUCAGAAACCAAAUCCUGUUGGGUGUCCCGCUCCGAGAAUACGUAAAUAUUUGUGUUUGUUGUUACCAAUCAAUUCCUUUGAUCCUAA